AUUCAUUGCCAUGUUUGCCAUGUUGGCAAGGCGAGAUGUGGAUUGCUGCUUGAUUCCAGAGUCUCCAUUCUAUCUAAAAGGGCAAGGUGGUCUUUUUGAGUUCAUUCAACAUAGACUUAAAGAGAAUGGGCAUGUGGUGAUUGUGUUGGCUGAAGGAGCAGACCAAGAAUAUGUUUCUGAAAGUGUGAAUGCAGUUGAAGAGAGAGAUGCAUCUGGAAAUAAAUUGCUUAUUGAUAUUGGUCAAUGGUUGAUCCAGAAAAUUAAAAACCAUUUUGCAACAGUCAAGAGAAUGGCCAUAAACAUGAAAUAUAUUGGUACACUUAAAUAUAUAAAUGACUAAAUGAAUGGGUAAAGUAGGUGAAUAAGAUGAAAUGACGAUUGUACCCCUGCAGAUCCAACAUACAUCAUACGGGCCAUUCCAAGCAAUGCAUAUGAUAACAUCUACUGUACACUUCUUGCUCAAAGUGCAAUUCAUGGGGCCAUGGCAGGGUUUUCUGGUUUUACAGUUGGACCUGUCAAUAACAGACAUGCGUAUAUUCCAAUAUAGGUAAUUAAGCACUCUUACUCUCUCAUAUUUACAUUAAUUAUAUUAUUAUUAUUGCCAAUUAAUAUUUAUUAUUUAUAAUUAUAAUUGUAGCGUGUUACCGAGGCUACAAAUGCUGUUAAGUUGACAGAUAGGAUGUGGGCUAGACUUUUGGCUUCUACUAAUCAACCUACAAAUGUUGUUAAGUUGACUCUUCCACAUGUACAUUGCUUUUGUUCUUUUGUAGGCUUUGUCAGCCUUGCAGUUCUUACUUAACAGGGUCCGGAACCUUCCAGAAGGACCUCUGUAGGCAUGCAUCUUGGGUUGCAAGAGAAUCAAGAAGCACUGGUUUCAAAGACAAAGCCAAGCAUAUGGGACUAGUGGAGUUUCUAGAGAGGGAUUUUCAUACUAAAAUCAAGGCUCCAGGAUCAACAAGUGCUAGUUUGAAAGAAAAAGGC